UUGUAUGUGGGCGUGGUGGGCGUGGUGGGCCUGGUGGGGGUGGAGCCCACCAGGCUUUUUUCUUUUAACACAUUUCCGCAAAGUUUCCAAUCUGCUGCUGCUCCUUCAGCUGUUAGGACGUAGAAAACUUUAUAACAAUGAGUGAUAUCAAACCAAACGACUCAGCUCCAGCUGAAGAGGAGAAAGACUCGGCUGCAGCCAAAGCUUUCCCUGACAACCUCAAAACAAACAAACCCAGACCUCCCAAACCCCAGUAUGCUGUCACCGUAGCCGUUUCGUCUCGGACCCUGUUCAACCAGCGGGCAGAGAGGAAGAUCUACGAGGAAGAGGGAGUAGAGAAGUACGUGGCUUAUCAUGUGGAGCACGAAAACGAGCCUCUGAUGCCCGGAGCUUCUUUCCCCUUCGUCAAGGCGUUGAUGACUGUCAACGCUCGACUGAGGGAGCUCUACCCGGGCAGCAAGGAGCUGUUUGACAUCGUCUUAAUGACUAACAACCAUGCCCAAGUGGGAGUGCGCCUCAUAAACAGCAUUAAUCACUACGAGUUGACCAUAGACAGAUUCUGUAUGACCGGAGCGCAAAGUCCCAUACACUACCUGAAGGCCUACAUGACCAACCUGUACCUCUCCAAGGACUCAGAGAAAGUCACAGAGGCCAUAAAGGAAGGCAUCGCUGCAGCCACAGUGUUUUGCUCAGAGAAGGAGACCGACUUGAGCGACACUGAGCUGAGAGUGGCGUUUGAUGGCGACGGCGUCCUCUUCUCAGACGAGUCAGAGAUCAUCUUUAAGAAACACGGCCUGGACACUUUCUUGGAGCACGAGAAGAAGUGUGAGAACGAAGCUCUCCCUCCGGGUCCCUUAAAGGGUUUCCUGGAGGCUCUGGGGAAGCUCCAGAGAAAAUUCUACACCAAGAACCAGCGCAUAAACUGUCCCAUCCGAACCUUCCUGGUGACGGCCCGCGACGCACCCACCUCCGGGGCUCGCGUCCUGAAGACUCUCCGCACCUGGGGCCUGGAGAUCGACGAGGCGUUCUUCCUGGACGGCACUCCCAAAGGGCCGCUGCUGCAGAAAAUAAAGCCGCACAUCUACUUCGACGACCAGAUGUUCCACAUCGAGGGGGCCAAAGAAAUGGGAACCAUAUCUGGUCACGUCCCCUACGGGAUCGGACAGAAGCACCACAAGGGGAAACUCAUCGAGCAGCCCGAGAAAAAGUAACAACCUUAAACUGGUUAAAUUGUGAAACAUCCACUACGUUGUCCCCUGCAUAGGAAGAGAUUUCUCAUGAAUGCAAUAUUUUAUUUUGGAGCAAAAUGAUCGGUUAAAAGAAUAACAGCAAAUUCAGAGGAUUUAAGUAAAUAAUUGGUAAUGCCGUCUACAAAACGUCCUACUUUUUGGGGUUUUAUAAAAUAUUUCUACAGUUUCCAUUAGGAUGGGGUGUUAUUGAUGAGUGGGGGAAGCAAGAGUUACACUAGGUGCCACACACUGUUUCACUUAAUACUGUUCUGGAAGAGAAACACCUGGUUCAUUAACCUAUCGGGGCCUUUUAACCGUACUAUCUAUGCACCUGUUUACCUUUUGAGAGGGCUUUUUUUUCUCAUUUGCAUUUGGGUUUAUGUCAUUUUCUUUACACUUUUAUACAUCACCUGUUUAUUUUAUUUAUCUUAGAUAGGGAACAGGAAUCGCGGAGCAUUCUGGGGCACUUUGCCAUUUUUGGAGGGUAGCGUACGGAGCUGCGGUAGCUGUUCGAUUUGUCCCGUUUACAAACGGGUGUGUAUAUGACAUUAAGAUCUACAAGCCAAAUGCCAACUACACAACCAUCUGGACAAAGAUAAGCUAAUGUUAUGCUAACUGAAUACUAACAAAACGUCGGCUAAUACUGCAUAUUUAAUCUACCGGUAUCUUGCAAAAUGCAACCCGUAUUGUUAGCCAGCCUUUGUGUCUGACUGUGUUCUGUAUAUACUACAAUUCGGCUUUUGAAUCUUAUUCACAGUGCAGUGUUUUGUGUUAUCUUUUGACACUGUGCAGUAAACAGCCAGCGGAUGGACCUCUUAUGGUACGUGUCCACAGCCUCCGUCCUUUCCACGCUUCCCAUUCAUUGUCUAUGUCAGCAGCCGUGCAAUGCAUUCUGGUAGCAUGGUGCGCGCAAUUCGAGAGACGGGGCGUCUUGUUGGCCGCUCCUCAUUUGCAUAAAGUU